AUGCGCAGAGAUUCCACCAAACAUUCAGGGCGUCUCACAGCAGGGGAAAGUCUAGCCGGUCACCGAACACACGUCACCUUUCUGUUCCCAGCGCUGAGUCCCAGCAGCCAGGAGAUCUGCUCAGCGCCUGGCACUCUCCGGGGCCCCAUCCUCUCCUUGAACCAGACGUCUGCCCGGCCAGGGGACUCCGUGCAGCUCCAGUGCUCCGUGUUCUUCAAGGUCCCGGCCACCCGCAUCACCUUCUGUAAGGAUGGGGAGGAGGUUUCAUCCCAGAAGGGUUUGGAGAAGAAGGCCGUCUACAACUAUCACUAUGCAGUGUCCAGGGGCAGCUCAGGGAAUUACUCCUGCGGAUACGAAAUCAAGGACAGUGACAACCAGGUGACCAGAUCCCUGCUCAGCCCUUCCCAGCACCUCAGUGUCACUGGUGAUGACUCCAGCAGCAGCGAUGUCGGGGGUUCCUCCCCACAAGGACCGGCCAUGUCCCUCAUCAUCUGGGCUGCCCGCUGUGCCCUGGUCCUGCUGCUCCUGGUGUCUGCGCCCGUCAUCACCUUCGUGCUGGAGAAAUGGGGCUUGCCUGAGUUUGCGGGUCUGGAGGAGACUCGUGUGGGGGGCGAGGGGGACGGGUAUCAGUAUUGUGCGGAGGAGGUAAUGAGGGAUCCCCAUUGA